GUGUGGAUCGGUGACGUACUCGUAUAAUUAAUUUUGUGUGGUGCUGAUAUUGAUCUCAUUAUCAGGAUCGAAAAUGAAUUGGCUUCCCAUAUUAGUGGCUGCUUUCUGGCUUCUGGGCUUAGUCGAAUCGGCGUCGAGCUAUGACUACUACAGACUGCCGACUGCUCUGCGACCCCAAAAGUAUGAUUUGCGUAUUCUAACUCUACUGGAGCAUCCAGAGAAUCUCCGCUUUAGCGGCACUGCAAAAAUUGUAAUUGAGGUCCUGCAAAACACCAACAAUAUAACGCUUCACGCGAAGAAUCUGCACAUAAAUGAGUCCCAAAUUGUGCUUAAGGAAAUUAGCGUUGAGGGAAACACGGAUAUCUGUAUAUCCUCCACCGAAGUGAAUUCCAUCCACGACUUCUAUAUCCUUAACACCUGUAAAGAGCUAUUGACGGAUCGUGUCUAUGAGCUGAGCUUACCCUUUUCAGCGGAGUUAAACACACAACUUGAGGGCUACUACCGCAGCUCCUACGUGGAUCCUGUGACCAAUGGGACGAGAUGGAUCUCCAUUACGCAGUUCGCCCCAGCGUCAGCACGAUCGGCAUUCCCUUGUUUUGAUGAGCCGGCAUAUAAAGCGCCGUUCGUGGUGACUUUGGGUUAUCAUAAAAACUACACAGGCCUAAGCAAUAUGCCAGUAAAGGAAACAAAUGCACAUGAAUCACUUUCCGAUUUCGUUUGGACGGAGUUUCAGGAGUCGGUGCCCAUGUCCACCUACUUGGUUGCCUAUUCCGUCAAUGAUUUCUCCAGCAAGCCAUCCACGUUACCAAAUGGACCCCAAUUCCGAACCUGGGCACGUGCGAAUGCCAUCGAUCAGUGCGAUUAUGCGGCUGAGUUUGGCCCCAAAGUUUUGCAAUUCUACGAUGAGUUCUUCGGCAUCAAGUUCCCACUGCCCAAGAUCGAUCAGUUUGCCGCUCCGGACUUGAGUUACAAUGCCAUGGAAAACUGGGGAUUGGUGACCUACAGAGAGUCCAGACUCCUCUACUCAGCUAGUCACUCCUCUGUGGCGGACAAACAGGAAUUGACAUAUGUAGUGGCCCACGAGUUGGCCCAUCAAUGGUUCGGCAAUCUGGUCACCAUGAAGUGGUGGACAGAUCUUUGGCUAAACGAGGGAUUCGCCACCUAUGUGGGCAGUUUGGGUGUGGACAAACUCCAUCCCGAUUGGCACUCGAGGGACAGACGCUCCCUAUCUUCUCUGAUGACAUCCUUCCAUCUCGAUGCUUUGGUGAGCAGUCAUCCCAUUUCGAGACCCAUUGAAAUGGUCUCGCAAAUUACUGAGAGCUUCGAUGAGAUCUCGUACGAGAAAGGAUCUUCAGUUCUGCGCAUGAUGCACUUGUUUCUGGAGGAUGAGGCCUUCCGGAACGGACUUAAGUCGUAUCUCCAGAUGAACGCCUACAAGAAUGCCGAACAGGAUAAUCUGUGGGUGUCACUCACCCAAGCUGCCCAUAAGACUGGUUCUCUACCAAAGGACUACGACAUCAAGACCAUCAUGGACUCGUGGACUCUCCAAGCCGGUUACCCAGUGGUUAAUGUCACUCGAGACUAUGAGGGAGGAUCCGCGACGCUCAGCCAAGAACGAUACAUCCGGAAUACCGAUAUAAACAGAAGCGACUACGGAUGCUGGUGGGUGCCGCUGAGCUAUACCACCCAGGGGGAAAAGGACUUCAACAACACGGCACCCAAGGCGUGGAUGAAGUGCAGCAAAACUGGCGAAAGUGUGCCCAAAACUAUUGAUCUUCUACCUCGACCCGAAGAAUGGCUGAUCUUUAAUAUUCAGCUGUCGACCCCCUACAAAGCCAACUACGAUGCUAGAAACUGGAAGCUUUUGAUUGAUACUUUGAACAGCGGGGAGUUCCAGAGCAUUCACGUGAUCAACAGGGCCCAGCUCAUAGACGAUGUCCUGUACUUCGCCUGGACAGGAGAGCAGGACUACGACACCGCUCUGCAAGUGACCAACUAUCUGCAGAGGGAGCGGGAUCUUAUUCCUUGGAAAGCGGCCCUGGACAACUUGAAGUUGCUGAACCGCCUCCUACGACAAACUCCCAACUUUGGAUCGUUUAAACGCUACAUGAAGAAGCUUCUUACCCCGAUCUAUGAGCACCUCAACGGCAUGAAUGACACGUUCAGUUCGAUUACUCAGCAGGAUCACGUCCUUUUGAAGACAAUGGUGGUCAAUGUGGCCUGUCAGUACCAGGUGGGGGAUUGUGUGCCCAAGGCGUUGGCCUACUACCGCCACUGGAGAUCGGAGGCCAAUCCCGACGAGAACAACCCGGUGCCAAUAAACCUUCGCAGCACAGUGUACUGCACGGCAAUAAGAGAAGGCAGCGAAGAGGAUUGGGACUUUCUGUGGUCGCGGAUCGAGAAAUCGAAUGUGGGCUCCGAGAAACAGACCAUUAUAGGUUCCCUGGGUUGUUCAAAGGAAGUAUGGAUCUUACAGCGUUUCCUGGAGAGGGCCUUCGAUCCCAAGGGAGCCAUUCGUAAGCAGGAUUCUUUGCUGAGCUUCCAAGCAGUGGUCUCUGGCGAACAGGGUUUCCCACUGGCCAAGAACUAUCUGAUGGAGAAUGUUGAAUUUAUGGUUGCAUACUAUUAUCCACAGACAAGAAGCAUGGCGCGACUUUUGCCCCCACUGUGCGAACAAAUUGCUACUACAAAUGCCCUAAAUGAGUUCAGGGCGUUCGUUAACAAAUCGCAGCAGUCGCUCAAGGGAGUCCAACAGGCAGUUCAGCAAAGUCUGGAGACAAUGGUUACCAAUGUCCAGUGGAUGGAGCGAAACUAUCCCCAGAUUUUGAGCUCCCUCCAGCGAAACUUGUAGUUUUUAAAUACACAAACGCAUUUGUUGUAAUAUAUAA